AUGUUGAUUUUUUUUCCUUACUUUUCUAUCAUAUCAAGCACAUAUUUCUUCGAUUUUCAUUCUUUCUCUUUCUUUCAUUUUUCAUUUUCCCUCUCAACCAUUUUUCCUUAUUCUUCAUUCUUUCUCAACUCCUUCCCUAUUCAUUUAUUCUGUAUAUUUUUCUUAUCUUUCACUUCUUUCCUUCAUUCUUUGUUCUAUCUCAUGCCUUCAUUCAUCUUCUGCAUGUGUUUUCAUUCUCCUAUGAAUCAUUUCUUCAUUCCUUCUGCCUUCAUUUUCCUCUUGCACAUCUUUUCCUUACGCUGCGUUUCUUUUCUUCAUACUUUCUUAUUCCUUCAUUCUUUAUUUUCUUCGAGGCGAUAUUCAUUUCCCCUUUCUUUCACCUUCAUCAUUUCUCAUUCUUUCUUUCUUUUUUCGCUAGACAUCUUCUCUUUCCAAUGUUCUUCAGUCCUCAUUCAAUACUCUUGCUCAUUCAUCCUUUUUUCAUUUUUAUUUUAUUUCAUUCUUCGUCUCUUUGUUUUCUCGUGCACUCUUUUCUUCAACAUAUGUUUUCCUUCCUCUAAUCAUCUGUUGUUAUUGUUCUCUCUCUCUCUCUCUCUCUCUCUCUCUCUCUCUCUUAUUUUUUUUUCAUUUUAUUUUUCUUUAUACAUAUUUUCUUCGAGCGUCGUAUAUUCUUUCUCAUCUGUUACUUCAUUUUCUUCUACACAUCAUUUCUUUCGCCUCCUUUGCUUCGUCAUAAUUCCUUCUUUCUUGUCAUUCAUUAUUUUCUUUUUUUUAUCGUCAAUCAUCUUUCUUUUUAUAAUCAUUCAUUAUCCUCUUUCCUUUAUAAUCACUCAUUUUCUUUCUUUUAUAAUCACUCAUUUUCUUUCUUUUGUAGUCAUUCGCUAUCUUCUUUCUUUUAGUGUCACUUAUUAA